AUGGGCUCACUUUGCUCAAAACGACAUCCACAGUUAAGAAAUCCAACCGCGCAAAGAUCAUAUACUGAAGCUGAACGCUUCGUAGCUGAGCAUGGCGUGGAUGACAUAGGUCAAUUCUACAGAGAACAAAUGAAUGAAUGGAGAGAAGCAGAAAUAAAUAUUGCUAUAUCAGGGGAUACUGGUGCUGGAAAGCCAUCUUUCAUCAACUCCAUAAGAGGCCUUCGACCUAAAGAUGAAGGGGCAGCCCGAGAAGGUGUUACAGAAGUGAAGAGCAAGCCAAAAGCAUACCCUCAUCCUACGAAUCCCAAACUCAUCUUUUGGGAUAUGCCCGGCAUCGGAGGAGUAAAGUAUCCAAGUAUGGAAGAAUACUGCAAAUGCAAGGAAAUAGACGUAGAAAAGUACGACGCAUUUCUAAUUUUCUCGAAAGGUCGAUUCACCAAUCAUGACUCGUUGUUGGCAGAGAAGGCCAAAUCGUUGGACAAGCCAUUCUUUUUUAUUCGUGCGCACAUUGGUAGUGACGUCGAAAAUGCAAAGUCGGAUGAGGAAGAUGGGAAAUUUGAUGAAGAAGAAGUGUUGCAAAAUAUUCGAGAUGACUGUUACGACAAUCUGAAGAAGAUUUUGAAGAGUGCAGGUGAUAUUUAUCUCAUUGAUAAUAAAAAAAAACAAUGGGAUUUUGAACGUUUAAUUGCGGCAAUCUCGGACGUGAUGCCCCCGAGAGUUAAAGAAGCUUUCAUACUUUCCUUGUCAAAUUUAACACAAGGCUGCAUUAGAAGAAAAGCAACGCAGCUUAAAGUUCGAGCAAGUGUUUUGGCUACUGCAGUUGCACCGGCAAAUGCAAUUCCUAUCCCGUUGCUCGGAGCUUCAUUGAACAUCGCUCUGAUUGUGGAAGAGACCUCUCAAUACCGUGAGCUUUUUGGCAUUCCUCCAAGAAAUUCCGCAACGUUUAAUAAUUUGGACGAGGAAUUCAAGACAAAAGUCAUAAAAUCUUGUUACUCGAAUGCUGCACAGUUGGUUGCUGCGAUAGCAAGUGAAUGUGGCACAGAACUGGGUGCAGAAGAAGUCGCCAAACUUGUCCCUAUUGCGGGAGUAAUCAUGGCUACCGCGAUAUCGGCUUUCUUUACCUCGCGCUAUCUUUUUGCUUGUAUAAACGAGCUAGAAGAAAUCGCUUUGCAGAUUUGGAAUGAGACAGUUAGACAUCAUCGCGAGCCUUCUGCAAUGAGUUUAGAGAACUGAAGUCAUCGCGUAAUCGAAAAUAAGACUGAUAGAACGUCACUGAAUAAAACGUGAUUUCAGAUAUGCAUGACAAAGUACACUGUUUAUUUAACUAACUUACUGGAAUAA